CCCGGCCGGGAGAGCGCGCCCACUCCUCCAAAGUCUUAACUUUGGACAUCUACUUGAGUAAGACUGAGGUCGCGCAGGGGGACGAGCCUGUCGUGAUUACUCCGGGGACAGAAGACUGUGGCGAUUUGGACGACAUGGAAAAGAGGUCGAGCGGCCGCAGGUCGGGGAGGCGGAGGAGGUCGCAGAAAUCCACCGACUCCCCCGGCGCAGAUGUCGCGUUGCCCGAGAGCCCAGCGAGGGACGACGCGGUGUUCGACGACGAGGUGGCGCCAAACUCAGGCACCGAGAACGUCCCGGCGGAAAAGAAAGUGAAAUCUCCGCGGGCUGCCCCGGACGGGGGCGUUGCCUCCGCCGUGUUCCCGGAGUCCAAGCCCAGCCCCGGUCUUGGCCCCAAAGGGCAGCUCCGAGGGGAGCCGGAUCGAAGCAAGCAGCCGCUUCCAGCCUCGUCCCCCACUAAGAGGAAGGGCACGAGACGCGUCCCGGAGGCUGUGCCCACCCCACCCCCCGGCGGCUCCCGGGCUCCCGCCAAGGAGGCUCCAGCCAGGAGAGCUCCCGCGCCCGAGCCUGGCCCGGCCUCCAAGGGCGCCGCGCCGGAGAACGGGGAGGAGGCGGCCCGGGUCGUCCCACGCGAGCUCACGGUCAAGAGCAGCUCGCUGCUGCCGGAGAUCAAGCCCGAGCAUAAGAGGGGCCCGCUCCCCAACCACUUCGAGGGCCGCGGGGAGGGAGGCCGGAGCAGAGAGCUGGGCAGAGCGGCAGCACCUCCUGAGGCCGAGGGCUUGAAGUCCAGGAACCAGUUCGGUGCGGGCAGGUCGACGGUGACCACCAAAGUGACCCUCCCUGCCAAGCCCAAACAUGUGGAACUAAACCUUAAAACCCCUAAGAAUCCUGACAGUUUGGGAAAUGAGCAUAAUCCAUUUAGCCAGCCAGUUCAUAAAGGAAACACUGCCACCAAAAUCUCCUUAUUUGAAAACAAACGAGCAAACAAUAGCCCAAGACACACCGACUCUCGAGGCACGAGGAACACUCCUGCCUCUAAUAAAACAUUUGUUGGGAGGGCAAAGCUGAAUUUAGCCAAGAAAGCCAAGGAGAUGGAACAACCCGAAAAGAAAGUAUUGCCAAACAAUCAGCAGAAUGGUGAGCUGGGAAAGGGAAGCUCUCCAGAAACCAAGGUAAUUCUCCCCGAGAAAGAGAUUCUGCCAGCUACCAGGGGAAUAGAAGGACAGCCUACCGAGGACCUAGCUCUCGGUUUUCAGCCUGACCAAGAUGAUAAAGCAGAUGUACAAACAGAUGCUGCCUGCCCUUCAAAACCAGUGGCUUCUGCUCUCACUCCCAUCGAGGACCAUGAGCUCUUAGGUGAGGAUGAUUCGAAGGCUAUUGACAACAAAAGACUUACACUUGAAAAUAUGACUGAUACUAAGGAUUUACCUCCAGCAGCCUUACCACAGCCACAAAAUGCAUUUCUUGACUCACAGCCCUCGGCUGAGUCAGCUCAGGAGCCCUCUCUGUCUCUGCCUGCCCCCGUUCCUGUGGAUGUUCCCAGAGACACAUGUGCUGAAGCUUCCAUAAGUGAUUUUCCGUGCACUGGUGUGAAAGAAUCAGCACACCAUAAUGGAUGUAUUUUGCCUGUCUCUCCUCAGAGUAAUGACAAAGCGCCAUGCUCCACAUCUGGAGCAGAAGCAGCAAACCCUCCUCUGUCCACAGAGCAUAGCACAGGAGCUCUGGGAGCUGAGCGCCCAGCCAAGGUCCUUGUGCAGGUCAGGUCCUUCGUUCUCCCCUUGGAGAGCACCCGGGAGGUGAGCUCCCAGAUCAUCCCAGACAGCUCUGAAGUUAGAGAAGUGCAGUUGCCAAGUUGUCACAAUAAUGAACUUGAAGUGGUUUCCGUUGCAAGCUGUGCUCCCCAGCAAGAGGAAGUUGUGAGCAAUAAGAACACAUCGCCCAAGCACACCCAGUGUAAAGAGGAACAUGUGGCUGAAUCUAGCCCACAGGUCAUGCUGCCAGAAUCAGGGAAAACCCUGCCUAUCCAGGCUCCAAGUCAGGACAACAGAAUGUCCUCAUUGGCCAGAUCCAGCCCCAUCCACUCGCCCAGCUGCAGCAAUAAUUUAGAAACUCGUACAAAAGCAGAUCAAAACAUUGUGAAUGGCCAGGAUACCUCUGCCAAUCUUUUGAACAUUUCUGCUGGUAGUGAUGACAGUGUAUUCGACUCUUCUUCUGAUAUGGAAAAAUUCACUGAAAUUAUAAAAAAGAUGGACAGCACAGUUUGUGUACCUCAGAAGAAAAAAAAGGCCAGGAUGCCAAACUCCCCUGCCCCUCAUUUCGCCAUGCCUCCUAUUCACGAAGACAAUUUAGAAAAGGUGUUUGAUCCCAAUGUGUUUACCAUCGGUUUGGGGAAGCAAAAGGGAAGCCAGCCAGAAAUGUCACCAGCUUUACAUUUGAUGCAGAACUUUGACACAAAAUCCAAACUGCGACCCAAACGUGCAUCCACUGAGCAGAGCAUCCUCUUCAAGUCCUUGCACACUAAUACUCACGCGAAAAAUGAACCUGUUACCACUUCAGAAAUAAAUGACAAGGAAAACAGGGACAUCCCAGAUGGUGGAGUAAAGAGAUCGAGGCUAGAAAAAAGCACACUUUUCUCAAGCAUUUUAUCAUCUUUACCACAAGACAAAAUCUUUUCUCCCUCUGUGACGUCAGUCAAUACCAUGACCACGUCUUUCAGCACUUCUCAGAACGGUUCUCUAUCUCGGUCCUCAGUGUUGCCGCCUGGGGCGGGCGGGGCCCCGCCCUGUGGUUCAGACAAAGAACAGCCAAAUCUUCCGCCCAACUACUCCUUGCAGGUCUUCAAUUUCGACUCAUCAAAUACCUCUCACUCAGGUUUGAAAAGUCCAAGCCACCUGGAAAAAUAUCUGCCAAAAGAGGUUACCCAAGAAAAUCUGGAUUCACGAAGCAACCUGCACUUGCCAGAAACUAAGUCUAAAUUUACUGAACUUUCAAAUCUGAAGAGCACUGACGAUAUGGAAAGGGCUAAUCAUACUGAAAGUGUUCUUAAAUCGAACUUGCCAAACUACGGAAACAGUGACACCAACUUCAUGGGUCUUUUCAAAUCAAGCCGGUAUGAUCCAAGCAUUGCUUUUUCUGGAAUGUCAUUAUCAGAUACAGCGACACUUAGAGGAAGUGUCCAAAAUAAACUCAAUCCCCGACCUGGAAAGGUGGUGAUAUUUAGUGAACCCGAUGUCUCUGAGAAGUGCAUUGAAGUGUUCAGUGACAUUCAGGAUUGCAGUUCUUGGAGCUUGUCUCCAGUGAUCGUUGUGAAAGUUGUUAGAGGAUGUUGGAUUUUGUAUGAAAAACCAAAUUUUGAAGGACACUCUAUUCCUUUAGAAGAAGGAGAAAUGGAACUCUCUGACCUCUGGGGUAUAGAAGAUAUUUUGGAAAGAAAUGAGGAAGUAAAGUCUGAUAAGCCUCUGGUGAUUGGUUCAAUCAGACAUGUAGUCAAGGAUUACAGAAUUAGUCAAAUUGACCUAUUUACGGAACCAGAAGGGUUAGGAAUCCUAAAUUCCUACUUCGAUGAUACUGAAGAAAUGCAAGGAUUUGGUGUAAUGCAGAAGACUUGUUCCAUUAAAGUGCACUGGGGCACAUGGCUGAUUUAUGAAAACCCUGGAUUCCAUGGUUUCCCUUUUGUCCUGGAACCUGGAGAAUACCCUGACUUAUCCUUCUGGGACACAGAUGAAGCGUACAUUGGAUCCAUGCGGCCUCUGAAAAUGGGUGGCCGUAAAGUUGAAUUCCCUACGGAUCCAAAGGUGGUUAUUUAUGAAAAGCCGUCCUUUGAAGGAAAAUGUAUGGCACUAGAGACAGAAAUGUGUAGUUUAAUCAUGGAGGGAGAGGAGAAUGAAGAAACUGCUGGGGACGACCGCCUACCGUUUCCGUCAGUGGGAUCUAUGAAGGUUCUAAGAGGCAUUUGGGUUGCUUACGAGAAGCCUGGAUUUGCUGGUCAUCAGUAUUUGUUAGAAGAAGGAGAAUACAAGGACUGGAAAGACUGGGGAGGUUACAAUGGAGAACUUCAGUCUUUACGGCCUAUACUAGGUGAUUUUUCGAAUGCCCACAUGAUAAUGUACAGUGAAAAAAACUUUGGAUCCAAAGGUUCCAGUAUUGAUGUAUUAGGAAUUGUUGCUAACUUAAAGGAGACUGGAUAUGGAACGAAGACACAGUCUAUUAAUGUCCUGAGUGGUGUAUGGGUAGCCUAUGAAAAUCCUGAGUUCACAGGAGAACAGUACAUCCUGGAUAAGGGCUUUUAUACCAGCUUUGAGGACUGGGGAGGCAAAAACUGUAAGAUCUCUUCUGUUCAACCCAUAUGUUUGGAUUCUUUCACUGGUCCAAGGAGACGAAAUCAGAUUCACUUGUUUUCAGAACCACAGUUUCAAGGUCAUUGUCAAAGUUUUGAAGAAACAAGUCAAAUUGAUGAUUCGUUUUCUGCCAAGUCUUGCAGAGUUUUAGGAGGGAGCUGGGUUGCAUAUGAUGGAGAGAAUUUCUCUGGGAAUCAGUAUGUUUUGGAAGAAGGCCACUAUCCUUCUCUCUCUGCAAUGGGAUGCCCACCUGGAGCAACUUUCAAGUCUCUGCGUUUCAUAGAUGUUGAAUUUUCUGAACCAGUGAUUAUUCUUUUUGAACGAGAAAACUUCAAAGGAAAAAAGAUCGAAUUAAAUGCAGAAACGGUUAACCUCCGAUCCCUGGGAUUCAACACACAAAUACGCUCCAUUCAGGUUAUUGGUGGCAUAUGGGUGACUUAUGAGUAUGGCAAUUACAGAGGUCGACAGUUCUUACUGUCACCAGCAGAAGUACCUAAUUGGUAUGAAUUCAGUGGCUGUCGGCAAAUAGGUUCUCUACGACCUUUUGUUCAGAAACGAAUUUAUUUCAGACUUCGAAACAAAGCAACAGGGUUAUUUAUGUCAACCAAUGGAAACUUAGAGGAUUUGAAGCUUCUUAGAAUACAGGUCAUGGAGGAUGUUGGUGCUGAUGACCAGAUUUGGAUUUAUCAAGAAGGAUGCAUCAAAUGCAGGAUAGCCGAAGACUGCUGCCUGACGAUCGUGGGCAGCCUAGUAACAUCCGGCUCUAAACUCGGCCUGGCGCUUGACCAGAACGUGGACAGCCAGUUCUGGAGCAUGAAGUCAGAUGGCAGAAUCUACAGCAAGUUAAAGCCAAAUUUAGUUUUGGACAUCAAAGGUGGUUCACAGUACGAUCAAAAUCACAUUAUCCUCAACACCGUCAGCAAAGAGAAGUUAACGCAAGUGUGGGAAGCCAUGGUUCUAUAAACCUGAGCAAAGAAUGCGGGAGAAAUCUUUCUGGAGGUCCUUCUACCACCGUAUGUAACAAAACAAAAGGACAAAGCUGACAGAAAAGCCCCGGGAAAGUGGACUUACUCUUUCUUCAGUAAUUUGGAAUUCAGUCUUGAAUCACACUGCCAUGGCUGGGAGAACUGUUGCAUCUUUUUCAAAAGACUAUAAUAGUUUUAAACCAAUAAUUUGUCCUCUUUUCAUUUCUUGCCUUUCAUUUCCUUUCAGUAGCUGCUCCAAAUAGGUUGCCUCAUUAGCAGCUUUUGGUUGUUUUUUUAAAAAAUGUCAUUUCAAGACUGUACAUUUAAAAUUAUUUCCAAAGAUAGUGAUGGGAAGAAUAGAGACAAAAUUACCAACUUUGUGGAACUACAAAUCCCUUUUACACUUUAAAGGGAAGGAUAAAAGCUUAAGUUUGUAAGGUAGAGGACUGUUUAGAUUCUGAGAAAAAUUAGGCCUGGAAUUUGGGUCCUUGGCCUUAAUUUUUUCUGGAACCAAUAAUUAUGCUAUAUACCAAAAAGGGAAAAGCCUUAUACCUAUCCAGAUAUAUUUUUAAGGAACUCAAUAGUAUAAACAAAAUACUAUUUUCAUUCAGAUAAUAUGAAAAAUUAAUAACUUUACACAAUUUCAUGUCCAUGUCUGCAAACACUGAAUUUUUUUUUUUUUUUUU